CCUAGAGAUGGCAAAUCCUGAGGUGAUUAUAAGUACGUGCAGCUCUCACGAAGAGGAAAAUCACUGUAGUUUUAACCAGCAUUCAUCUCCGUCUGAGGAGCUUCUCCUAGAGGAACAGAUGAGGCGAAAACUCAAAUUUUUUUUCAUGAAUCCUUGUGAGAAGUUCUGGGCUCGAGGUAGAAAGCCAUGGAAACUUGCCAUCCAAAUUCUAAAAAUUGCAAUGGUGACUAUCCAGUACUUGCAGCUCUGCAAUGUCUCGGUGGGGAAUCAUGCUUACGAGAACAAGGGCACCCAGCAGUCAGCGAUGGCAAUCUGUCAGCACUUCUACAAGCGAGGAAGCAGCUAUCCUGGAAAUGACACUUUUGACAUCGAUCCAGAAAUUGAAACUGAAUGCUUCUUUGUCGAGCCAGACGAAUCUUUUCACAUUGGAACACCAGAAGAAAAUAAACUCAACUUAUUGCUGGACUUCCACAGACUCCUAACAGUAGAGCUCCAGUUUAAAUUGAAAGCCAUUAAUUUGCAGACAGUUCGUCAUCAAGAGCUCCCUGAUUGCUAGGACUUUACUCUGACUAUAACAUUUGACAACAAGGCUCAUAGUGGAAGGAUUAAAAUAAGCUUAGAUAAUGACAUUUCCAUCAGAGAAUGUAAAGACUGGCAUGUGUCUGGAUCAAUUCAGAAGAACACUCAUUACAUGAUGAUCUUCGAUGCUUUUGUCAUUCUGGCUUGUUUGGCAUCCUUAAUGCUCUGUGUUAGAUCUGUGGUUAGAGGACUUCAACUUCAGCAGGAAUUUGUCAAUUUCUUCCUCCUCCAUUACAAGAAGGAAGUUUCUGUUUCUGAUCAAAUGGAAUUUGUCAAUGGAUGGUACAUUAUGAUUAUUAUUAGCGACAUCUUGACAAUCAUUGGAUCAAUUCUAAAAAUGGAAAUCCAAGCUAAGAGUCUGACAAGUUAUGAUGUCUGUAGCAUACUUCUCGGGAUUUCUACCAUGCUUGUGUGGCUUGGAGUCAUCCGAUACCUCGGUUUCUUUGAGAAGUACAAUCUCCUGAUUUUGACCCUUCAUGCUGCGCUACCCAACGUCAUCAGGUUCUGCUGCUGUGCGGCCAUGAUUUAUUUAGGCUAUUGCUUCUGUGGAUGGAUCGUCUUGGGGCCUUACCAUGAUAAGUUCCGGUCUCUGAACAUGGUCGCUGAGUGCCUUUCCUCUCUGAUCAAUGGAGAUGACAUGUUUGCCACAUUUGCAAAAAUGCAGCAAAAAAGUGACUUGGUCUGGCUGUUUAGCAGAAUUUACCUCUGCUCAUUCAUCAGCCUCUUUAUACAUAUGAUUUUAAGUCUUUUCAUUGCACUGAUCACUGAUACAUAUGAAACAAUUAAGCAUUACCAACAAGAUGGCUUCCCAGAGACUGAACUUUGGACAUUUAUAUCAGAGUGUAAGGAUCUACCCAACUCUGGAAAAUAUAGAUUAGAAGAUGACCCUCCUGUAUCUUUAUUCUGCUGUUGUAAAAAGUAGCUCUCGGGCUUAUCUGUGAUUUAGAGGACAGUAUAAUAUGUGACUGAGCUGGAAGACUGUGUGGAUAUUUUGAGGUCAGAUGUAGUAUGCUUGAAGACUAUUAUUUUGAGCUAAUUGAUAAUUCACAAAGGACUAUGUUUAUAUGUAAGAGCAAUAUUUAAUGUCUUUACAGUUUUAUGCUG